UCACCGUCAGCGAUUAUCAGCCGCGACGUUACAUAUGUGCGAGUGAAUACGCGCGGCAGAAAACGCAGUCAACGCAGGUCCUACGCUCUCCGAGAAAAUGUCCCUUUUCGGAAUAGUCAAUCCCUUUUCCACGCCAGUAGGACAAAAGAUCGAGUCUGCUACAGAUGGUAACUUACCAAGUGAGAAUUGGACGCUUAAUAUGGAGAUAUGUGACAUUAUAAAUGAAACUGAGGAUGGGCCAAGAGAUGCUAUCAAGGCGAUCAAACGCAGACUUACUCAAGCAGCAGGCAAAAAUUAUACUAUAGUCAUGUAUACGCUUACUGUAUUGGAGACAUGUGUAAAAAAUUGUGGGAAACGUUUUCACACUCAUGCCUGUUCGAGAGAAUUUGUGCAGGAGCUGGUUAAAUUAAUUGGUCCAAAGAAUGAACCACCCACUGCAGUACAAGAGAAAAUUUUGAGUUUGAUCCAAACGUGGGCAGAUACAUUCCGCCAUCAGCCACAUACUCAAGGUGUUGUGCAGAUUUAUCAAGAGUUAAAAAUAAAGGGCAUACAAUUCCCAAUGACUGAUCUGGAUGCUAUGGCACCGAUUAUUACACCAGAAAGAAGUGUACCUGAAACAGAGCAAGCUCCGGCAAGAGAGCUCCUGGGUAUGAGCGAACAGCCUGUGUCAUUAGGAACGCAACAUUUACCAACACAGACACAAUCCGUCGGCCAGUUAACUCAAUUGAACGAGCAACAAAUGGCCAAACUACAAAGUGAGCUCGAUGUCGUUCAAGGAAACAUGCGUGUACUGUCAGAAAUGUUGGCAUAUCUGACAAGUCCGGACCAAAGUAAUAACCAACAACCAGAUUCUGCAGAUCUUGAAUUAUUAACUGAGCUUCAUUCAACAUGUAAGGCGAUGCAAGUUCGUGUUGUCGAUUUGAUCGGCAAAUUGGCUCACGAUGAAAUGACGGCAGAAUUAUUACGCAUUAACGAUGAGUUAAAUAAUCUCUUUCUUCGUUAUUCGCGCUAUACAAAGAACAAAAUGCAAGUUCCGGCAAGCACUAUAUUGGCCCAAACGAUUGGACAGCCACCAAAUGUUGAAUCGACUCCACCUCUUACCAAAAAAGAAGGGGAUUCGCUUAUAGAUUUGUCUGACGAUAUGGAUGGCGUAACGAGACAGAUGAAUGAACUUGCUACAGCAGAAGAUGUAGAGAAAAACAAAGUCGAGCGGAAAGAGAAGAAGGAAGGAGAGAGCGACGAAUUCGACAUGUUUGCACAGUCACGCAAUGCAACAUACGAGACAACAAAAAAUAGUGGUAGCAAGUACGAGGAUAAUCAGGAACAAGUGAAAGGAGGAAGCCUAAGUACAGCAAUCCUCAACCGCAAUAAUCCUAAAUUGCCGCAACAGCAGACUGCAUCUACUACACAUGCUAAUCAGAACCUGGAGUCUGAAUUCAAUGAAAUGGCAGCCUGGUUAGAUCGCACACCUGGAGCGCAAGGUGAUCAAGAAUCACUGACGUCAUCAGAAUUUGAGCGAUUCUUGGCGGAACGUGCAGCCGCAGCUGAAGCUUUACCAAACUUAUCCACAACAACUGCCAGCACGAACUCGUCAACUACUGGUAACCAGAACAUUCAGCGCCAAAUUAACAAAGAUCAAGACAAGUCUUUAUUCGCUCUUUAAGUACCUCGGAGAUCUUCCCGUUGCAAAACGGGAAGAUGAGUUUGUUGAGAGUGUGUGCUCGUUUGGGUGGUACACAUCUCUCAAUUUUCCCUCUGAUUAAAUUGCACUCCUAAUACCAUCGACAGUUUAAAUAUCGAUUUGUAUUUUUAACAUUAGGAGUUGGAAUAAGAUAGAAACGAAGACGCGGGGGGAAAAGGUACACGCAAAAGAGAUGCUUUGUGCUUGUACGUACUUAAUAACGUAACAGAUAAUACACAAUCAUGUUCGAGAUCUUGUUUUUGUUAUAAAACUAUGGUUAUAAUGUGGAUAAGUUGCUUUAAAGUUCUGCAAACCAUUACAACUGACUAUUACAUAAUAAUAGUGCAUUAAGAACUAAUUUAUGUUUGUAUAUAAGCGACACACAAUGCGUCCAUAAAGAUAUCCAAGUUACAUGACAAAUUCCUGCUAUUAUAAUGCCUUGAAACCGCGAAUGAAACGUGAAAUCACACUGUCAAAUUGUGUCAGAUUUUCGAGUCGAUGCAUGAAUAUUCGAAUGGAGGAACCAGUUGGACAAUUGCUCUUAUCUAUAUAUUGACAAACUAUUUUUCUAUGUUGAAGUAAAUUCUGUCUUAACUGUUUGACAUUCUAUACAGAGAUACAUUCUACACAAAUUAAUUAUUAUUUUUACUAUUGUAAUUCCUACUAUUGUAGAAACUACUAUUAACAUAAAUUAGUAGCAUGAAUUUAUUAUUAUUACUGCUAUCAUUUUAUAUAUAUAUAUAUAUUGCAGUUAUGUAAUAAUAUUACAAAUGAUUAAUAUAUUCUGGAGUCAUAUAUUAUAAAUGCAACCGUAUAUCAGUGACAAGAGAUCUUUUCUCUAUGUUCUGUAUUUACAAUUUCAAAAGUGAUACUUUAGCUCGGCCCUCAGGAUUUUAUUAUUCAUCUGCAUUUAAUGUUGUACCUCCCAUCUGAUUUGCCUACAUUUUUACUGUAUUUACGCGUACCUAGUGCGAUUAGAUGAUUAAGAAAAGUACACCUGCGGUGCCUGUAUUGACUGAACUCGCAGUUGAUAAGGAAAAUCUGUACUCUUCACUUAUGCAGAUAAUAAAACUGUAUAUCGCAAUCAAA